GCGCUCGCCAGGUUCCACGCGCGCUCCCCGCAGGGUCUCUCCCGCGUUCCGGCGGCGCGUGAGGGCGACGCUUGCGGCCUUCUCUUUGAGUUAUUUCAGACUAAAGCAAAAUGAAUGAGCAUCCAAAGAAAAGGAAAAGGAAGACUCUGCAUCCUUCACGCUACUCAGAUUCUUCAGGAAUUCCAAAAUACAUAGAUAAUAGUGGCAUAUUUUCUGACCAUUGUUACAGUGUCUGUUCCAUGAAACAGCUAGACACAAAAGUUCCUGAUAACCGAGGUCGAUUUCAUAACGCGACGCCUAGUAUAGAUACUGAUGAGGAUGGCAGCCAGGUGUAUGCUGGGACAUCUCAGUGGAGUGGGAUCCAAUCUAAUGUUCCGGGGACACAUUUGAUGGACCCUAAGAAAAAAGAUAAAAACAACAGUAACGGAGUUUUUAAAGAUUCAUGCGAGUCCCCCGUCUUCAGUGACAGUUUAACAGAAGAGGAGAAACCUUUGGACAUUCAAACUGUAGAGAUCUCCACUACUGAAAUCCAGGCUGUAGAGGUCCACGACAUUGAAACUCAGACCGUUUCCCCCGAGAAGCUUGAAGCAGAAGAGGCAGAGGAAAUCCCGGUUGGAAGUUGCAAGGGGCUUGACAAAAAUCCUCCUCCUUCGAACAUCGCCAUUCCCCCCAAAUGGCCCCUGCUUCGGGCAAACAGCAGCGGUUUGUACAAGUGUGAACGGUGCACGUUUAACAGCAAAUACUUCUCUGACCUGAAGCAGCACGUGGUUCUCAAGCAUAAAACCUGCCCUGAGGGAAACAUCUGUCGCGUGUGCAAGGAAACCUUCUCUUCCAAAAAGGUGCUCAUUGAACACUUGAAACUCCAUGAGGAGGACCCCUACGUUUGCAAAUACUGCGACUACAAAACAGUGAUGAUUGAAAACCUGAGCCAGCAUAUAGCAGACACGCAUUUCAGCGACCAUCUUUACUGGUGUGAGCAGUGUGACGUUCAGUUCUCUUCCAGUAGCGAGUUAUACCUCCAUUUCCAGGAGCACAGCUGCGAUGAGCUCUACCUGUGCCAGUUCUGCGAGCACGAGACAAGCGACCCCGAGGACUUGCACAGCCAUGUGGUGAACGAGCACGCAGGCCGGCUGAUAGAGCUGAGCGACAGCUAUAACAGCAGGCUGCCCCAGGGCCAUUACAGCCUGGUCAACAAAAUCAGCUUUGACAAGUGCAAGAACUUCUUUGUGUGUCAAGUGUGCGGCUUCCGCAGCAGGCUUCACACCAAUGUCAAUCGCCACGUGGCGAUAGAGCACACCAAAAUAUUCCCUCAUGUUUGCGAUGACUGUGGGAAAGGCUUCUCAGGCAUGUUGGAAUAUUGCAAACACUUAAACAGUCACCUGAUGGAAGGCAUUUAUUUGUGUCAAUAUUGCGAAUAUUCGACCGGACAGAUUGGAGACCUCAGAAGUCACUUGGACUUCAGGCAUUCGGCUGAACUGCCUCACAAGUGCACUGAGUGUUUGAUGAGGUUUGGUAACGAAAGAGACCUUCUAUGUCAUCUUCAGAUACACGAAACUGCUUGAUUGUGGUUGUGUGAAUGUUCUCAUCUGUCCCAGAAUAAUAAGCAUUUCAGAGUUCCCAUCAGCAUAAAAAGCAACUGAGCCUCAGGAUGGCGCAAUUUCAUCAAACUUUUAAUGCAUAAUAGAUAACAUGUACAGUUGUCUGGAAGCAUAGCAUUAAAUUCUAUGACAGAAAUAAACAUAACCAUCCA